AUGUUUGCGAAGUUCCCGGGGUCGUCGCCGGUGGACCUUGGGCGCGGCGCGACGCCGAACUCCUCUCCGCCCCUGACGAAUCGCUCGGAGGAGAAGGAGGGCACCAAGCCGAGAUUGGACCCCCCAAGAAGACCGGAGCAGUCGAAUGGAGACACGGAUACGGUGCAGUGCGGCCCAAACACCAUGGACUUGUUGGGCGGCUUCUCCUGCACAGGUGGCCGACGGAAAGCCACCACGGACUCCUCGCUGGAGGAGGCGAUGUCUCCAUCGAGGAGAAAAUCGCGGGAGACAGAGUUUAAGGAGCAGUUUCCAGGCGACUAUUUCAAUGUCAAAGCUGACUUCGACUCAAGUCCGCCCACCACUGCUUCGCCCCACGGAGAAGGUGCCGACUCGGGCGGCGAACUUCCGGGCACCUCGCCGUCCGAACGCUCCGAGAGCUGCUCUCCGCAGGGCCGUGGAGUUCAGCGUGGAGAUAAGCUUCGCAAGCAAGUGGGGCUGGUGCCACCAAUUAGUCCUGCAGGCCAACUGGAGAAGUUGAGGCAAAGACCUGAAUCGGAGGAGGAGGCGAGAUCAGAGACGGACAGGAAGCCGCCCGAGGGCCGCGGUGCUGAGGCCGCCACUGUUGAGGCGCUACCGGCGCUCAACUCGGGUGCCACCAGCCCCGAGGAGCGCAGCCCCGAGGUCGCCGCGCGCGAGGUCGAUCGGACGCGGUCUAUGAGCUCCAUCAGCGGAAAGUCCACUGCGGAGCUCCGGUCUCCCAGGAGGGUGAACCAGAACGUGCUGCGUCUGAAUGCCACACAGCUCAACCAGCUCAUGCAGGUGCCGGGACAGCCACCUGGACCACCUAUGCUUUGCCAGGAACAGCUUGCCAUGAAAGGGGACAACCUAGACUUGGUGAUGGCACCAGGUGACGUGCUGCUCAUUCGAGGAUCCGGGCAGAUCUCCAACAUCGGCAAUGCUGGGGGGUUCAUGGGACAUGUCUUGGUGGUGACGGCCCAGCCAGUGGCAGUCCAGGCUAACACGCCCCAGAUGCAGCAGCUAAUGUCCAUUUGGCCAGAUGAGGCUCGCACCUUGUGGCGGGUUCAAACGGUGGAGAGCAAGAGCUCUGAGACGGGCCUCUAUGAGUGCGAAAGCCUCCUCUAUGUACAGGCUCACAGCCGAACGCUCCUGCUGAUAGGCGAAGUGGAGACCUCGAAGGAAGGCGACGUGUGCAGCUUUGAACCCCAUGAACCAGCAGAGAUCUGGCAGAUGCCGGUCUUCUUCAGAGAGACCAUGCGGCCAGAUUUGAUGGACUGUGUUCUGAAUGAGAUGAGAAAACAUCAGGCCAGCUGGAGUCGCAUCACCGCAUGGCGGGCGGCCGUCUCGAAGGUGGCCCGAACGCCCAGCGCUCGAGCGACCGGAGCUCCGCGGCUCCGCGCACGGGCGGUGGAUGGUGAGGAGGUCGACACCAUUGCAAUACACAUCGCUACCUACCGGGGCCUCAAGGAGAAUGAAGGGCAAGCGGAUUUGCUGCGCUACUUGGCAGACACAGCUCCGGCAGCCGCAGCCGUGGCGUGUGCGGUGGACGCGGCAGACAAGGCCCUUCUACCUGCCACGUUCAAGGCCAUGGAGGAAGAACUUCAGAUCGGUCCUCGCGAUCUGGGUGCCCUGAGCUUCGCCCAGAGUAUCGCUUUCUCCUUGGCGCUGCCUCUGUGGGGCUCUCUGAUGCAAUACCAUCGACCUCGAGAUCUCUUGGCCGCUGGUUGCUUCCUUUGGGGUUUCUUCACUUUGAUGGUCUCCUGCAGUUCCUCCUACUUGGCCCAUUUCAACCUACGACUGCUCAUUGGUGCUUCACUUGCAGUGGUCAUGCCGAUUGGCCAGGCGAUGAUUUGUGACCUGGUGCCGGAGCAGCAGCGCGGCAGCGCCUUUGGUCUCAUGAAGUCCCUCUGUUCCGUGCUGGCUGAACUCUCGACCUUUGUGACGACCGCCACCGCGCGCGGACACCUCUGGGGCAUCAGCGGCUGGCGCAUCAUUUAUGCCGCUGUGGCCCUGCUCUCUUUGGCAGCCGCUAUGCUGGUUCGAGCGGAGGUGCCAGGUCACUUGUCGGCGGCGGUGCCGAACAAGGGGCGGAGUUGGAUGGAAGAACAGGCUCGGGUGCUGCGGACGGUGUGUCAAAAGCCCACCUUCUUCUUCAUGGUGGCGCAAGGUGUGACGGGUGGCAUUCCGUGGCAUGCCUUUGCCUUUCUGCCAUUCUACUUUCAGCUCUGUGGCUAUCGAGAUGUCGACGCAGCCGAAAUUCUGCUCUAUGGAGGAUUUGGUAGUAUCGUGGCGGGGGUGCUGGGUGGCAUCCUGGGCGAUCGCUGUCAUCGCCUGUGGCCUUUCUGUGGAAGGUGCCUGGUCGCGCUGCUUUCAGUGAUCAUGGGCAUCCUUUUCUUCACCUUGGUCAUGGUCUUCUCCGAUGCCAAUGGCUCUUUUUGGCUGGUGGUCUUGUUGAUGUUCACCUUUCACCUCACCGGAACCUGGACGCAGUCUGCCGCACUUCGCCCCAUGUGCGGCGACAUCGUGCGAGACAGCCACGACCGGGCACAAAUUCUGGCCUUAUGGAUUGCCUUUGAAGGCAUUAUCUCCUCCUUCUGCGGAGCGCCCUUAGCCGGUACCUUGUCGGAGGCCUUCGGCUACUCCUUGAGCGACCCCUCGCGCUCAACGAGCACGAGCGCUCGCAGCGCCAACAUCGCCGCCUUGCGCUCCGCGUUGCUGGGUGUCUCGGUCGUCCCCUGGACGCUUUGUGGCCUCGCAUGGAUUCCCAUGUUUUGCACCUACCCCAAGGAUGCAGGACAGAUGGCCCGCACCUUUGCGGCCUGA